UUAUUAUCAUUUUUUUUUUUAAAAAAAAAGAAGAAAUAAAGAAAAAGGGAAAUAAAAAGGGGAAAGCUGAUGUUUGUUUUUUUUUUGUUUCCAUCACGAGUUCUCCAUAGAGUUACACACGCACACGCCAUUAUUUUUCCCUUUUUCAUCGACACAAGAACACACAGCCGUUCCCAACGCCAAAGGGCGGUUUUUCAAAUAAAAGGGCGACGUUCAUUUUUUUUUUUUUUUUACACUGAAGCAUCAAACGCUAAACUGAAAUAUGGCAAAACCAAGGCAUUCGCACUUAACGGGAAACCCUCAGAAUUCUGGCAAUAAUAUCUGAAGAACCACAAUAUCACCCAAUGGCACUCACAGUUUUCACCAGCUCCUUUACGCUAUCUUGGAUUCCAACUAUUUUUCUCCAUUCCCCAGCGCAACAAUUAUGUUAACACCAUAAU